AUGUCAACUUCUAGUCCCUCGGAGGCUCAGGCCGGCCAACCCGAUCUCGUGUACCGGUCUCUCCCUAUUCUCGCCAGCUACCUCAUUCUCGCAGCCUCUCUGGCCUUGAAUGCCUGCCGCACAAUAUUCGUUCGGUACCAGGCACGAAUCAAGGGAAAUGACUGGGAAACUCCCCAUCGACGCGUGCAAUUCCUCUUGUUCGCUAUUCUGGCGGCCCUGAGUCUCGGCGCGACCUGGUAUUACAUGUUUGCCUUCUUUGCGCGUUCGUAUCACAAUUGGGGAGCCAGUCAGUCUCUGGUGGACCUUGCGAACCCGGAGAUCACCACUCUAUUCAAACUGGAGCUUUGGUUGCAGAAGGCGAAGUUGUUCCGUGAAGCUUGGGAGACUGUUAUCGAGACGCCUGCCCGGUUUUGGUGGAGUGGUCAGAUCUUUUCGUGGACGACGGGAUGGAGUGUCUUUCUCGGAAUUAUGGCUCGACGAUAUCGCAUUCCCCAUGUAUGGGCAUAUAUGCUCCUGGGCCAGAUUGUCGCUAUCUCUUUCGCUCAGAAUCUAUUCUUUGCUACUAUUCUCGUGUCGCGACAGCCGUGCCAGACUGACGGCACCAAGAAGGAUAAGAGCGGUGCUCAAGAUUCCAUCGCAGCGUGGUCCCCACCUUUGUAUGCCGAAGUUCUACCGGUCGCCAUCUCGCUCAUUAGCACCGUUCUGGUCCCAACAGUUGCACAUACCAAGUACUUUAUGCUGAUGUUGCUAGUACCGCAUCUUCUGCUUUUCGUUCCUGCAAUUCUGCGACCGAGUCAAUCUUCGACCGUUGAGACGCGUGCCAAGGACUGCAGUGAAGAGAGAACUAUUCAGAGAUACGCGGCAUUCUUCCAGUGGUAUAUGGUAGCUUGUGUGAUUAUUCAGGCUCAUUCUACGUUCCUGGUAUUGCAAGAGAUGGGGCAAGAAAUCAGUGUUGAGUCAUUGCGGAUGUUGGCUGCGAACUUGCCGGGCGUGAUAUAUGAGCAUCCAGCUGUCAGCAGUGUUAGCUGGGAUGUGAUUUACUGCACGAUUACAGCCGUUGCUUGGAUUGCUGUGAAUGGUGGCAAUCCGAAGCGAAUGCUUGGGCAGUGA